AGCGUCCCCGCCCCCAGAGGAGACGGAAGAGGAAGCGACUGGACAACGACGCCCUCCUGCCUUCCUCCGACCUUCCUCCUCCUCCUCCUCCUGCUCCUGCAGCCCGGUCCCCCGUUGGGAUGGAGCUGUCCGGGCUGCUGCUGGACGAGGAGGGCGCCUUCUCCCUGGCCGGCUUCCAGGAUUUCACGUUCCUGCCCGGGCACCGGCAGCUGAGCGAACGGCUGCGGCGGCGGCUGUACUACGGCUGGGCCCCCGACUGCAGCCUGGAGGAGCUUUCGGGACCGGUGGCCGAUAUCGCGGUGGAACUGCUGCAGAAGGCGGCCCCCAGCCCCAUCCGCCGGCUCCAGAAGAAAUACGUCUGCCACGUGUCCAGGGAGGCCUGCGUGUCCCCCUGCGCCAUGAUGUUGGCCCUGGUCUUCAUCGAACGACUCCGACACCGCAACCCGCACUACCUGCAGCACGUCUCCUCCUCCGACCUCUUCCUCAUCUCCAUGAUGGUGGCCAGCAAGUACCUGUACGAUGAGGGGGAGGAGGAGGAGGUGUUCAACGACGAGUGGGGGGCCGCGGGGGGCCUGUCCGUCCCCGUCCUCAACGCGUUGGAGCGGGGCUUCCUCCACGCCUUGGACUGGAGUCUGUACACGGACCCCCGGGAGAUGUUCGAGGUGCUCGGCUGGCUGGAAGGCUGCGUGGCGGAGCAGCAGGGCCGACGGCGCGGAUGGUUCACCUACACCGACCUGUGCGUCCUCCUGGAGCGGCCGGCCUGGGCCGCCGCCCUCGGCGCCCUCUGCCAGCGCCUCACCCUGCUGGCCGGCUUCCUGGCGGUGGCGUACGUGAGCGGCGUGGCCGUGCUGGUGGCCUCGGGGACGGUCCUGCAGCGGGCGGCCGGCCCCCCGCCCCUCCCC